AUGGAAGCUCAGGAUCCUGGUGCUAACGUCGAGGGAUUUCCCUUCUUUAAACAGGUUGCGAAUGCCGUCGAAAUCCUGUCAAAUCCCACCGCGGACCAGGCCCUCAAGGAGCAGGCCUUUGAGUUUCUGAACCAGCUGCGCUCCAACCCGCAAGGCUGGCAAGUAUGCACCAACCUAUUCGCCCAAACCCCGCGAACGUCCGAGGUGGUUCGCAUGGUGUGUCUCGAUAUGGUCAACUACGCUGUCCAUACCCAGGGCCUCGACGGCGAGAGCCUGUCCUUGCUCAAAUACACCAUACUGCAAUACGUGCGCCAGGGCUACGGCCCCGGCGCCCAGCAAGAGCCGGAUUCCGUGUCGCUCCAGAAUAAGCUUACCCAAACUUUGACCUACCUCUUCGUCUUCCUCUACCAAGAUGGUUGGCAGAGCUUCAUCGACGACUUUUGGGAGCUCACCGGCAUGCCAAGCGAUUCUGGAAGCGCCGCCGGCGUCCUCCUCUAUCUCCGAAUUCUAUCGUCGAUUCACGACGAAAUCGCCGACAUGCUCUUGGCCCGGGACAGCAACGACGCCAAGCGCAACACCGAGCUCAAGGACCGGCUCCGUGCUCAAGACAUGCACAAGGUGGCCGAGUCUUGGAAACUGCUGCUUGCCAAAUACGCAGACAACGAUACCGUCGUCGAGUUGGUCUUGAAGGUCGUUGGCAAAUGGGUCAGCUGGAUGGACAUCUCCCUCGUCGUCAGCUCCGACAUGCUCGGCCUGCUGCUGCCCAUGAUGGCUCGCAACAGGCAGGGCGGCGAGGACAAGGUCCGCGACACGGCCAUCGACACCUUGACGGAGAUAUGCGGCAAGAAGAUGAGGUCGGCGGACAAGAUGGAAAUGAUAACUUUUCUCAACCUGCGGGAGAUUGUGGCGCAGCUCAUUGCCAGCCGGGCUCUGAGCGAGCUCAAGGGCACGGCAGACUAUGAUACCGACUUGGCCGAGGCCGUUGCGAAGCUCGUUAAUACCGUCAUGUCGGACGUUGUCAGGGCCCUCGAUGAUAGCCAGGGUGGCGAAGAAACCCGCGCCAGAGCCAAGCAGCACCUCAACGACUUUCUCCCCUUUCUCCUGCGAUUCUUCUCCGACGACUACGACGAGGUCUGCUCGACCGUGAUACCGGCCCUCACCGACCUUCUCACCUUUCUGCGGAAGCUCGGCCACCCGCCUCAGGACUACGCAGCCACGCUUGCCCCGAUUCUCGACGCCAUUGUCCGGAAGAUGCGGUACGACGACACGUCGACGUGGGGCAACGAGGACGAGCAGACGGACGAGGCCGAGUUCCAGGAGCUGAGGAGGAAGCUGCAGAAUCUGCAAAAGACCAUUGCUGCCAUAGACCAGCCUCUGUACAUGGACAUGCUCAGCAACCUGGUGGCCACGACGUUUCAGACGUUGGACCAGAGGGGGUCGGAGAUGGAUUGGCGGGACCUGGACCUCGCGCUGCACGAGAUGUAUCUGUUUGGCGAACUUGCGCUGCCGAAUCACGGACUUGGUACCAAGAACCAGCCGUCGAGCGAAGCGUCCGAGAGGCUGGUUGUCAUGAUGCAGAAGAUGGUUGGAUCGGGCAUUGCCAACUUUUCCCAUCCCGCGAUCCUGCUCCAGUACAUGGAGAUUUGCGUGCGAUACUGUGUCAUCUUCGAGACCUAUUCGGACUACAUCCCCCAAGUCUUGGAGAACUUUGUGCGCUUGGUGCAUCAUGAUCACGUUCGCAUCAAGACUCGAUCGUGGUACCUCUUCCACCGCUUCAUCAAGCAGCUGCGGACUCGGGUGGGCAACGUCGCCGAGACGGUGAUACAGUCGAUUGGAGACUUGCUGCCCAUCAAGGCCGAGGUGCCUGGCGAGGAUGCCGACGACGACAUGUCUUCGGAUGAGUCGGACCACUCGGCCGAUGCCCUAUUUACGAGCCAGCUGUAUCUCUUCGAGGCCAUUGGGUGCAUUUCUUCGACGCAGAGCACGCCGCCCGAGAAGCAGGCCAUUUACGCUCGCUCCGUCAUGGACCCCCUCUUCCAGGACAUGGAAGCGCACCUCCCCCGGGCCAAGUCCGGCGACACCCAGGCCGUGCUGCAGAUUCACCACAUUGUCAUGGCCUUGGGGACCCUGUCGCAUGGCUUCUCCGACUGGUCACCGGGCUCUGCCUCUGGCCACCACCCACCGCCGCACAAGGCCGUGUCGGACGAGUUCUCCCGCGCCGCAGAGGCCAUCCUGAUUGCCCUGAACCAGCUCAACUCGUCGUCGGAGAUACGGACGGCCUGUCGCUCCUCCUUUUCCAAGCUGCUGGGGGUCCUUGGCUCGGCCGUACUUCCCCAGCUUCCACAGUGGAUCGAAGGGCUGCUGUCCCAGAGCUCGUCCAAGGAUGAAAUGGCCAUGUUCCUGCGCCUGCUCGACCAGGUCGUCUUUGGCUUCAAGGGCGAGAUCUACGACGUGCUCAACAUACUCCUGACGCCGCUGCUGCAGCGCAUCUUCGGGGGCCUCAGCGAGCCCAUUGCCGGGACAGACGACGAGAUCCAGUUGGCGGAGCUGCGACGGGAGUACCUCUCGUUUCUGCAGAUCAUCCUCAACAACGGGCUCGACGGCGUUCUCAUAAGCGAGGCGAACCAGGGCUUCUUUGAGCCGAUGAUCUCGUCGGUGACGGAGCUGGCCAAGAUGCUGGAUGGGAACAUUGGGCCGAGCCGUCUUGCCUUUACGCUCAUGGCACGCAUCUCUGCCAUCUGGGGAGGGCCCGACGUGGCGACGAUUGCGCCGAACCCGAGCGCGCCGAGCGGGAGCGCCAGCCCGGCGAUUCCCGGAUUCGACCACUUCAUGAUUGAGCGGUUCCACGGCGUGUGCUGGGAUGUGAUGCGGAACCCGAGCUUCCGACCAUCGCAAGACGCGCAGACGAGGCAGGUGCUGACGGAGAUUGCCAGCCUGGAGCAGACCAUCUACAGCAAGACGGGAGACAUGUUCAUACGGGAGCUGCAGAACAACCUGUUUCCAAGCCUGGGCAUUGACGGAGGCGAGUUCCUGUUGUCACUGACAACGUCCACGGACAAGCGGGGGUUUUCGACGUAUCUGCAGGGCCUUUUGAAGAACAGGCACUAG